UACUCGCUUGAGGGAAAUUGAAACUAUAUUCUCAGGAAAUGAAAACCUGCACAUCGUAACUAUACCAACACGUAGUCUAUAACCUUUUCACAACAUAAAAAACACCCACAGGACUUUACAAAAAAUAUUGACGAAAAAUAUGACGACAGAAGAAUUUACCUGUCCAAUAUGUUUUGACGGAAUCAUACUACCAAAGCUACUCGAAUGUGGGCAUACGUUUUGUUUAAAAUGCAUAAAAGAUUAUUCCGACGACAUUAAGACCGACAGUAGGGAUUUAGUAUGUCCACUGUGUCGUUCUAAGUUUAACCUGCCAACGGGAGGACCUUGUCAACUAAUCACCAAUUAUUUCGUUGAUAUACCAAAGCCGCAAAAGUAUUGCCUUAAAUGCCAGGAAACUGAAAGAAUAUCAAGUUUUUGUCUUGUUUGUGGUUCAUUAUUUUGUAAAAAGUGUUUCAAGUCUCACAUUCACUCAAUCGUUGAUAAUAACUCCUCGGAUGACGAAAACGACGAAGACGGUUCGAUCCCUAUACACUUGCUACUACAAGGAGUUCGGACAAUGUUUACUUGUAAAUUGCAAUCUUACUUCGUUAUAGACAUUCCUCAAGACAACCAGGGGAACCGUACUAUUCAUUCUGUACGAGCGUCAAAAUAUGGAGGAGUUUAUGUUGUGCCCGAUCAGGUUAAUUUCAUUUUAAAAUUUGACCAGACUGACAGAAUACAUGAAAAAAUAAGGAUAAGAACACCAUCCCAAAUGCAGUGUAGUGGAGUUAUUGAAACGGACAUUAACACUUUGUUGGCAACAUUUCCUGUUCAUAAAUUGAUUAAGAAAUACGCAUUCAGCCGCUGGUCCAACUUUGCAACUUGCCAAGACUUUUACCCACUUGAUUUAGUAGAAUUGUCCAAUGGAAAUAUACUCGCAUGUGGUCCAAAUCGAUUACUAGAGCGUAAGGAAAAUUCUAUCAGACGAACAGGGUAUCUUCAGGUAUACUCAUUUCGGGGAGAACCGUUGUUCAGACUAGACAAACUAUUGGGCAACAGUAAGCCUUUAACAUAUCCACGUAUACUGGCAUACGACAAAAAUAGGAUGGUCAUCUCUGUGGUCGACCAAGGAAAUAAAGAAAUGAUAGUGAUACAAGAAAAAGACAAAUCGUUCCACAUUUACAAAGGGAGUGGCAGGCCGAUAGUUCCAUUUCCAUUAUCAUUAUUUGGAAUAGGUGACGAUUUUUUCCCAUUAGGACUCUGUUGCGGUCCAAAUGGACAUUUUAUAGUGACUUCCGACGAUGGAUAUCAUAUGGUAGAUCGGUUUGGAAAAUUGGUUGGAGUUGGUCAGACAGACGAUAAAGAUGGCUUUGGAAGACUUGUUACAAUUGACGGAAAAGGAAGUAUAUGGUGUAGUGAUCCUCAAAAUGGUGCCAUCAAAACUUAUAAGGUUAUUGAUUACAGGAAUGAACUCGACAGUAAUAAAAAGUCUGGUAUCCGAAAAGGUUUGUCGUCCGAUUUCCGAAAUAACACGCCUGGUAUCCGUGGUAGUAUCUCGUAUGGUGUCCGUGGACUUCCCAUGUCUGGUAUCCAUGGAAAUAUGCCGUCUGGUAUCCGUGGAAAUAUUAUGUCUGGUAGCCAUGAAAAUUUCACGUCUGGAAGCCAUGGAAAUAUCACGUCUGGUAACCGUGGAAACAUCUCUUUAUCGAAUAGAUCACAUUUUUUUUCAACAUAAAAAAAAAGAAAAUAUUAACUUUUCAUUUCUUCGUUUUGUUUACGCCAUAUUCCAACAAUCUUACCAUGUUGACAUAAUGGCGACAUUACUUAUAUAUCAGUUUAUAAACCCUGUUUAAUGGGAACGGUUGCAUACGAAUGAGGAAUAUGUCGGAAGUUCAAACUUUUUUCGAAGAUUUUUUGUUGAAAAUUUAUGGGAGAUUUUUAAUAUAUAUAUAUAUUGCACAACGAUUUCUAUUAAAAUAACGUAAUUGGGAGAAGUAGAAACAUAAUAGCAGUUAUUUCAGACAAUACGAAGCAUGCAAAUCAAGCAUAUUAUGUUCCAGUUGAUCUGAUUGUUUCCAACACACAAAUGAAUACCCAUGUACUGGUUAUGAGACGGCAUCAGGCAUAUUCGCCUUUCUUCGUGACGUCAUGAUAGAAAACUCAGAGGAAAUCAAUACAUAUAAAGAACUAAAUUAUAACGAACCACACGUUGAUUAUAGAAAAAAAUCAACCGUUCGGGGAAGUAUAAACGAAAUUUCUCCACUCGAGACAGUAAAAUGUUCAAAUCUUAAAGGCAUAGCUUCUGAGAUUUUGUAAAUACUAAAAAAAAAUAGCUUCAACAUCGAGAAAUAUCGUAUUACACGGGCGUAUUCAUGUUGUCUUUUGGCACCAAAAUAUUCAGUAUUUUAAAUUAUUGUAAAACAAUUCUUUUAUACCAUCGUUGUGGAAGAUAUAGUUCCUGAAAUCGCUUCCGUUUGUUAACCAUAUCAAACUGACAUUGGUUGUAUGAUAAAAGACAGCAUCCUUGACGAUCUUACAUAAUGCUCCCAUGGCAACACGUGACUGAGAAGACAACACACACUACAAGCAAACUUUGUCCUAGAACUUUUAUUCUAAAUCACAAUUUGACAUAUAUGUACAUUUAUAUGUUGAGUGUCCAUCCAAAGGAAAUUAUUCUCUGUUCAAGUUUUUUAUUCUUCUAUAUAACGAUGAUAAACUAUCUUUA